UGGUUCAACUUCUGUGGAUAUGACGCUAACAUUGAUGUACCACGAUAGGGCAAAGAGCAGAUCCUGCAGAGGUUUCAAAAGAUUGAAGACACCAGACUGUUCUGUCCAGACUGCUUUCGGCCCAUUAGGUCCAGGCACCCAGAGGGAACAGAAGUCUCAUCACGACCUUUAUGAGAAGAAAAGGGGCAGAGGUACACUACAGAGGUACCUGAAGACUGAGGCAUCUUUGCUUUUGUGCAUAGAUUGUGUUCCCUGUCCAAGGGUCCAGAAAAAUAUCUCUCUAGAGGAAUGUGCACAAAAGUGCAGCAAGGCCAAGAUGAAGAAUGAUUUCACCUGCAGGGCAUUUUACUUUGACCACCAAACCAGGAAAUGUCACUUGCUUGCCUUUGACCACCACAACCAAGUGGUUAGGCUUGAAAACAAAGAAAACCAUGACCUUUAUGAAAAGAAAGAAUAUGUGAGAGAGUGCAUCAUUGGCAAUGGAGAGAACUACCGGGGCAGAAAAUCUAUCACAAAAUCUGGGAUCCGGUGUCAGCCCUGGGCGGCCUCUAUUCCUCACGAACACAACUUCCAGAGGCACAGUAAGAAAAAAGACCUUCGUGAAAACUUCUGUCGCAACCCAGAGGGUGAGGCCACAGGUCCGUGGUGCUUCACUAGUGACCCAGCGAUCCGCUACCAAGAGUGCGACCUGCCUCAGUGCUCAGAAGUAGAGUGCAUGAUAUGUAAAGGGGAAGGAUAUCGGGGCCCAAUGGAUCACACAAGCAGUGGUCGCGAAUGCCAGAGAUGGGACACUCAGUGGCCACAUAAACAUGCUUUUCAGCCUAGCAGGCACCCUGAUAAAGGGCUGACUGAUAACAACUGCCGGAAUCCAAGUAAUGAUAUGCAGCCCUGGUGUUACACUAUGGACCCUGACAAACGCUGGGAAUAUUGCAACAUCAGUGUUUGUGACUAUCAUAAUGAUACGACUCUGGACACAACCACUUCCUGUUAUUGGGGUCAAGGAGAAAACUACCGCGGCAACAUGAACAUGACCUCACUUGGGAUCCCUUGUCAACACUGGAACAUGCAAUUACCUCAUAAGCACAACUAUACCUCACAGAAUUACAAAUGCAAGGAUCUGAGAGAGAAUUUCUGCAGAAAUCCUGACGGAGAUGAGAAUCCAUGGUGUUUUACUACUGAUGCCGCAGUACGUAGGGCCCUCUGCACCAACAUUCCCAGAUGUGAAUUUGAUAAAUCAGACAGCACAGAUUGUUAUGAAGGCAGUGGUGAGACAUAUCGUGGUAACCUAGCAAAGACCCGCUCUGGAAUUCCCUGUGGCUAUUGGGCUGACCAUGACUAUAGUGAUGGCAUACGUUCAGCAGCUGGAUUGGUCCUGAACUUAUGCAGGAACCCAGAUGGAGACAAACAUGGUCCCUGGUGCUACACAACUAACUACUCUAUUCCAUGGGACUACUGUCAGCUACAGCAUUGUAAAACACUUUCAACAAAGGUACUCUCAAACCUCAACAUGCCUAAGCCAGCCUGUUUCAUUCACAAAACCACCCGGAUUGUGGGGGGCACUAACGUUCAGAGAGAUGGCAGUUGGGUGGUCAGCAUACAGAAGAGCAGUGCGCACUGGUGUGGUGGGUCACUGAUCAGAGAGGAGUGGGUUCUCACUGACCAGCAGUGUUUCUCUUCCUGUGUUCCUGACUUGUCGGAGUACAGUGUGCUGGUUGGCCUCCUUCACCUCAACUUGUCCUCCCAGAGACCACUCCUCCGUAUAGCACAUGUCAUCUGUGGGCCUGAAGGUUCCAACCUAGCUCUACUCAAACUCUCACACCCAGCUCCACUGUCAGAGAUGGUUAGAACCAUUCAGUUACCUGUGGCAGGGUGUGAAAUGAAGGAGGGAUCCUACUGUCACAUGUAUGGCUGGGGAGAAACUAAAGGAACAGGCUACAAGGGCCAUUUGAAAAUGGUUAGUCUUCCCAUUAUCGGCACUAAGAGAUGCUCUGCUAUCCAUAAUGUUAGUCUGCCAAUCACAGAGGCCAAGUUGUGUGCUGGCGGAGAGAAAGAUAAAGGUGUAUGUGAGAAAGACUAUGGUGGCCCUCUGGUUUGCCAAGAGCGGGAGAGCAAAGUCAUUAUGGGAGUGAGCAUCCAUGGGCGUGGAUGUGGCAUUGCCCAGAGACCAGCCAUAUUUGUUAAUGUGCCUUUUUAUGCAGACUGGAUACGCAAAGUUUUUAUACGCUUUUCUGAAGACAGAAACUAUUAGACUCACAAACUCUUCUAGAUUUUGUGUGUUUACCAUAGAAGCAACCUCUGCUUUGACUGCCUGGUCAUGCAGCAAUGUAUAGUUUAUGUUCUUGCAAUGACAAAAAGGAAAUGAGUACUGAGAUUUGUGCAGGUCAACAUUCUUGUAAUGCUCACAAUGUAAACCCUUGUCACCAUUAAGGGACUUUGAUUAACGAUCAAUUUACACAGUAUCUCAAUGUUAUUACAAGCCUCUAGUCUGCCAUUUCUGUAAAUAUUUGUUCACAAAAAUGCAAAUUGAACUCCAUUCGGGAGUAAAGUGUAGCCCCAGAUGGGCUGUGUGAUUUGUAACUGUACGUACACACCGCCGCAGACUUGAGCUUCCAAAGAUUCAGGAAGUCAUUCAUUUUCAAUGGAAGCCAACUUCUCUCAGCUGCAAGAAGCGGCAAAUCCGUCAACUUUAUGGUAAUGAGCUAUGACGCGGUUCAGUGACCAACGACCAGCAACCAAUCGAAUAGACGACCUUUAAAUAAAGUAUUAAGAUAGAACAUGAUCGAACAUCAAAUACUGUCACGUCAGAGCGGCCAAAGCGUCCAAAGCUUCCCUGUACUUUUUUGACAAGUGUCCUUGUAGAUAGAUAGAUAGAUAGAUAGAUACUUUAUUGAUCCCCAGGGGAAAUUCAAGGUCUCAGUA